AUGAUCAUAAUAGAUACUAAUACAGGCCCUAGCUACUGGGUUGGAGCAAUUUGCUCAGGAGCUGCCAGGUUGGGGAAGUUGGUAAUUAUGACCUUUGUUGCCAAGGAUUUGGUAUUCAAAGGUGAUUUGGGGAUAAAGAUCACUGGAUCUCAAGGAGGUAGUGUACGUAAUACUGCUGAAGAAGGAGAUGACACACAAACAGAAUUCAUCAAUAAAAACCAUCAUAAAUUAGUCUUUAAACAGUUAGGAUGUUGGGAGAAAACUUCACACGAUGAUAUUCCCGUUCAAGCAAGAAAAUUGAGUAUCUGGGGGAAGUCAAACAAUCUUUAUGCCCGCUAUCUCGAGACAACAAAUGAAAUUCUAGGGGAGAUUGUGGUUUAG